CCAUGACAUCUUAAUGGUUCCCCUGAAACUAAGUGGUUUGUAGUUUGAUUUUAUGUGAGAAGGCAGUUUUCAUUUGAAUAAAAAGGACUGCUGAUUAUCUGAAGCAGUUCCUGCUUUGCUAAACAUUUCCCUCCCAAACUUAAAACCUCGAGCUGUUAAUUCCUGAUUAAUUAAUGUGGAUUGAGAUUCUUUUUUUAUUUAUUUAAACCAUGCAAAUUACGUUUAUUUAUAAUGUUUUCACUUUUAUCCAAAAUCUGGCAUUGGGAAAGUGUGAUAAGAUUAAUCUUCUAAUGGGAAAGUAUGAGAAAUUAAAUAUUCUAAUGAAUUUAAUUGAUUAAAAUAACCACUUGGCACAAUGAAUGGACUUUUUCUUAAAUGAACCUGGUCCACCGAUAAUUAUUUUGGACCAAGCCCAAAAGAGGAAGGUUUUCCCUUACCCUUUCUAUUCACACGUAUGAAUAAAAAUGAGGAAAAGAAGCCCAAAUGAAAUUUAGCCCCUCAUUCACUAGUACUUUCUCUCUCCUCAUUCUCUCCGUCUUCUUCUUCUUCUCUCUCCUCAUCCACAUACAUCUCUCUCUCGAGCUUCGUCAAUUUCUCUCCUAUAUUUCAAUGUUCAAUUUCUCUCUCCUCCACUAGCAAUGCCGCAAAAAACUAAGGGAGUUACUUCGGUUGGAGGUCGAAGAGGCCUUCGCAAUUCACCUACUAACAACGAACAAUCAGAGUGUGGUUCAUUAUCUUCUUCCAUCGGUGCGACCUCCUUGAUUUCCUACAACAUUUUCAAAACUUUCCACAUGUAUGCCUCUACUCCGGGGAUGCGACACUACAUGUUAUGGCUACCUCAAGAAGCAUCACAAGCCUAUUCUCGUCACUACCACCAUCUGCAACAUCUCUUGCAGAUCUUACCUAGUGUACUACGUCGUUUGGAGUCAGAUAUGGAUGUUCUGAAUGUGGUUUUCCUGUCAAGAGUUCUAGUAGCAACACUUAGGCUUACGAAUAUCUGGUGCUUUAUAUGCCCACAAGCUAGGAUCAUCAUCUUCUAAUGACGCUUCAGUCAAAACGCUCUGAAUGUGGUUUUGUUGGUUUAUUUUGUCCGUCUUUAGAUUUGAGUUAAUGGGUAUUUUUUUAUUUUAUGAUUUUUUGUGAGAUUAAUGAUUGAAAUUGGUCAAUUUUGCGAUUUGAUAUUAAUGUUGUUAUUAUUGUUUUUUGUUGAUUUUGAUUUGUUAUGCUUGUUUGAAUUUGUUUUUUUUUUAUUUUUUUUAUUUUUAUGUUUACUUUGCAAUGGUUUUACGUUAAUCACAUAAGGGGAGAAAACUUUUUGCAUGAUUUCUAAAUAGAUUGAAAGUAAAAUGACGUUCUACCAUUGUUUCGAAUGAGGAUGUUUUUUAAAGGGGUGACAUGUAAUGGGAAGUAUGAUAGAUUGAUACAUAGUACGAAGUAUUUUUAGGUUGUGACUCAUAUACUCAUUUUCUUUUUUUUAAAAAAUGGGUCGGACCGGGUUGGGUUAUGCUAAAUGAGCAAUGACUUGACCUGAGUGAAUAUGACUUGUUUAUGACCCGAAC